AUGGGCCAUUGGAGGACUUUUUUCAAUGCGGACGCCGAUACAGGCAGGGUGCGACACCGCGUCGAGGUGGAACGUCGUCGACUGCUGCCCGCCUACGCUGCCGACGAGUCGCACCCAUCUGGCAGUUCGAAAGAGAUCGCAAAGAUCGCACUCCGAUUGAAAUACCAGAUUGAACAGGUGGUCUCCUGUGAGGUUGAGGACAGUGUCCUGACCGACCCAAACAGUCGUAUCAUAACCGACGAUGUGGUUGCAACUGCUAGGAAAGCUGGCAGUGAUGACUACAAGGCCUGUAUAGUUUAUUGCCUUCUAGUCUGUGUGCGAUGGUUCAAAAUUCAAUCUACUGUUGAGCUGUGGGAUUCUGAUCUGCACGAGGUUCGAGCUGUUGCUUGCGAGGUCAUUGCCAAGCGCAUUAUCGAGUCCGAGCAGGAUCAAGAUUACUUGCUUAGGGACAUUCUGCUUAAACGAUACUCUAUCUUCAGUGAGGGUGUGGAGACUAAUCCCGCCAAUGUCAUUGAACGAUCGGUGGACCUCCACGCCUUGAGGAUCAUCGGCUCUUCUGGAUACCAGAAAUGUAUUCAGUAUCUGUGGAGGGGCUGGAUCUGUCAGGAAGAGGGUAAUCCAACUAACUUUGUUGACUACCAGGGGAAGUCCAAUACCAGCUAUUGGGCGCAUUUCCACCCUGAUCGCAUGAGGACUCCUCUGUAUCAGAAUAUCUGCCAGAUCUUUUUCUCGUUGGUUUACCUUGCAGUUUACACUGCGGUGAUUAACACUGUCAAUCCAACUGGUGAUCUGGAUAUUGCAGAGGGUGUUCUCUAUGGCAUGACUCUUGCAUUUGUCUGUGACGAGGCUGUCAAGUUCUGGAAAGUUGGGCGGAACUACCUCGGAUUUUGGAAUGCCUUCAAUUCAACCCUCUAUGCGAUUCUUGUGGUUUCCCUUGUUCUACGGUUUGUGGCAUUAGCCCAUUCACCCGACACCCAGGAUGAACAGCGACAGUUGUACAAUCAGCUCAGCUACAACUUCUUGGCUUUUUCCGGUCCUAUGUUCUGGAUGCGCAUGAUGCUAUAUCUUGACUCCUUCCGCUUCUUCGGUGCCAUGUUUGUUGUUUUGCGUGUCAUGAUGAAGGAGAGUUUAAUCUUCUUCGCUUUGUUGUUCGUCGUUAUGGCUGGUUUCUUCCAGGCAUUUAUCGGUAUGGCUCAGGUUGAUGCCGAUGUCCCCAUCCAUCGAAAUAUUCUCCAGGGAAUGGUGAAUAGUAUCAUGCAGAGUCCUGAUUUCGACACCUUCCAAGAGUUUGCAUUCCCUUUUGGCAUCAUCCUUUACUACGUGUUUACCUUCAUUGUCAUGACUGUUCUGUUGAAUAUCCUCAUCGCCUUGUACAACAGCGCAUAUGAAGAUAUCUCCGGCAAUGCAACUGACGAGUACAUGGCGAUCUUUGCGCAGAAGACAAUGCAAUUUGUCCGCGCUCCGGACGAAAAUGUCUUCAUCCCACCAUUCAAUCUCGUCGAGAUUCUAUGUCUGGUGGCUCCAUUCGAAUGGUGGAUGUCGAAAGAAUCCUAUGCCAAGAUCAACGACUUUGUCAUGGGCCUAAUUUAUUCGCCUCUUCUCGUCGUUACGGCCUGGGUGGAGACUCGUCAGGCCCAUCAUAUCCGGCAUAAUCGCCGUCACGGCGAAGAGGAUGAUGACUGCGCCCAGGAAUGGGAACAUAUAGCUGAUGAGGUUGACUUUGACCUUGAUGAUACUUGGAAGCAGCAGGUCACUGAGUCGACUCCGGAUAUCAAGGUUGACAGUUGCACCCAUGAGAUUAGGGAACUGAAGAAACAGGUUGAGGAUUUGACGAAGAUGGUGAAGGCGCUAACUGAGGGGAAUAUGAUGGGUAACAAUGGAGAUGGUGAUUCUCCGCCCGCUGACAUAACCGUUAGCGCGUCGAGCGGCGAACCCUCUGGAAUCGCAAUUGCCAAAAUGGCAAAGCUCGUAGACGACCCUCAGAUCCAAUAUGCAUCAUUGCAUAACCCGCUCCCUUGGCAAUUCCACCUAUAUGUCUGGCCAUUCCUGAUCACCUGGCCCGUCUUUUUCGCUUUUUAUCUCUCCCCCGAGCGUUAUGACACCUACAUUCAGGGACAGGAAUGGACCUUCGUCUGGGCGGGGUCUAUCAUCACGAUCCAGUCGCUCACCUGGUUGAUGACCAAGUGGAACAUCGACAUCGACACUCUGUUUACUACCACCCGCGCCAAAUCUGUCGACUCUGCCCGUCUUAUCAAGGUGGUUCCCAUUACCAAUGCCGGUUCCGCCGAGAUCUGCACCCUGAUCAACGAGAACGCCGGCCCUAAGAAGACCCUUUCGUUUCUCUUCCAGAAGCGCCGUUUCCUGUUCUACCCCGAGACUCGCACCUUCGCCCCGCUUUCCUACGUCCUCGAUGCCGAACCCAAGCCGGCUCUCAAGACUUUCCAGCUGACCGAGGGUUUCACGUCGAAGGCCGAGAUUGACCGCAUCCAACACCACUAUGGCGAUAACACCUUUGAUAUCCCCGUGCCCGGAUUUCUCGAGCUGUUCCAAGAGCACGCCGUUGCGCCUUUCUUUGUCUUCCAGAUCUUCUGUGUUGGUUUGUGGAUGCUCGAUGAAUACUGGUACUACUCGCUCUUCACCCUGUUCAUGCUUGUUGCUUUCGAGAGCACUGUUGUGUGGCAGCGCCAGCGGACCUUGAACGAAUUCCGUGGAAUGAGCAUCAAGCCUUAUGAUGUCUGGGUGUACCGUGAGCGCAAGUGGCAGGAAAUCACCAGCGACAAGCUCCUUCCCGGCGAUCUCAUGUCUGUCAACCGCACCAAGGAGGACAGUGGUGUUGCCUGUGAUAUUCUCCUGAUCGAGGGCAGUGUCAUUGUAAACGAGGCUAUGCUUUCUGGUGAGAGUACUCCUCUCCUGAAGGACUCUGUCCAGCUCCGCCCCGGCCAUGACUUGAUUGAACCUGAUGGAUUGGACAAGCUCUCUUUUGUGCACGGCGGAACCAAGGUUCUCCAGGUUACUCACCCCAACACCGGAAACGAUUCAUCCCAGAAGAACCUGGCUAGCAACAUUACCGCGGCCCCGGACAAUGGCGCCUUGGGUGUGGUUGUCAAGACCGGUUUCGAGACUAGCCAAGGUAGUCUUGUUCGCACCAUGAUCUACUCGACUGAGCGUGUCUCCGCCAACAACGCCGAGGCUCUCUUGUUUAUCCUCUUCCUUCUGAUCUUCGCCAUUGCUGCUUCCUGGUACGUUUGGCAAGAGGGCGUUAUCCGGGACCGCAAGCGCUCUAAGCUUCUCCUGGACUGUGUCCUCAUUAUCACGAGUGUCGUCCCUCCUGAACUGCCCAUGGAACUGAGCUUGGCUGUUAACACCAGUCUUGCUGCUUUGAGCAAGUUUGCUAUUUUCUGCACUGAGCCCUUCCGCAUUCCCUUCGCUGGUCGUGUUGAUGUGGCUUGCUUCGAUAAGACUGGUACUCUCACUGGAGAGGACCUUGUUGUCGAUGGUAUUGCUGGACUCACCCUGGGUGAGGCUGGUUCUAAGGUCGAAGCUGAUGGUGCUCACACCGAAUUGGCCCAGGCAUCUGCUGCCGGAGCUGACACCACUCUUGUUCUCGCCAGUGCCCACGCAUUGGUGAAGUUAGACGAGGGUGACGUUGUUGGUGACCCUAUGGAGAAGGCUACUUUGGAAUGGCUCGGUUGGACUCUUGGAAAGAACGACAUCCUUUCAUCCAAGGGUAACGCCCCCACCAUCGCCGGUCGUAAUGUCGAGUCUGUUCAAAUCAAGAGAAGAUUCCAGUUCUCCUCGGCCCUCAAACGCCAGAGCACUAUCGCAACCGUCACAAGCAACGACCGCAAGACCUCCAAGAAGACCAAGUCCACUUUUGUUGGUGUCAAGGGUGCCCCGGAGACUAUCGGAAACAUGUUGGUCAACGCACCCCCUAACUACGAAGAGACCUACAAGCACUUCACCCGUAAUGGUGCUCGUGUCCUUGCUCUCGCCUACAAGUACCUUUCCUCUGAGUCUGAACUCUCCCAGGGCCGCGUGAACAACUACGUCCGUGAGGAGAUUGAGUCCGAGCUGAUCUUCGCUGGUUUCCUUGUCCUGCAGUGCCCUCUGAAGGACGAUGCGAUCAAGUCUGUUCGUAUGCUGAAUGAGAGCAGCCACCGCGUUGUCAUGAUUACCGGUGACAACCCGCUGACUGCAGUCCACGUUGCGCGCAAGGUUGAGAUUGUGGAUCGUGAGGUUCUGAUUCUCGAUGCCCCCGAGCAUGACAACUCUGGAACUCGCAUUGUCUGGCGUACCAUUGAUGACAAGCUCAACAUCGACGUUGACCCCACUAAGCCCCUCGACCCGGAGAUUCUGAACACCAAGGACAUCUGUAUCACUGGCUAUGCUCUCGCCAAGUUCAAGGGCCAGAAGGCUCUUCCUUCUCUGCUCCGUCACACCUGGGUUUACGCCCGUGUGUCUCCUAAGCAGAAGGAGGACAUUCUUCUUGGCCUCAAGGAUGCCGGUUACACCACUCUGAUGUGCGGUGAUGGUACCAACGAUGUUGGUGCUCUCAAGCAGGCUCACGUUGGUGUUGCCCUUCUCAACGGAUCUCAGGAGGACCUCACCAAGAUCGCUGAACACUACCGGAACACCAAGAUGAAGGAGCUAUAUGAGAAGCAGUGCAGCAUGAUGCAACGUUUCAACCAGCCCACUCCCCCAGUCCCCGUCCAGAUUGCCCACCUGUAUCCCCCCGGUCCCUCCAACCCCCACUAUGAGAAGGCCAUCGAGCGAGAGUCGCAGCGCAAGGGUGCUGCAAUCACUACUGGCGCUGAGCCCAUCCCGACUAUCACAUCUCCUGGUGCACAGGCUCUGCAACAGCAGAACCAGAACCUGACUCCCCAGCAGCAGAGACAACAGCAGGCCCAAGUUGCCGCUGCCGGCCUUGCUGACAAGCUUACGUCCUCCAUGAUGGAGCAGGAACUGGAUGACAGCGAGCCCCCCACAAUUAAACUGGGUGAUGCCUCUGUCGCUGCUCCAUUCACUAGCAAGUUGGCCAACGUUAUUGCUAUCCCGAACAUUCUUCGCCAGGGUCGUUGCACUUUGGUUGCUACGAUCCAGAUGUACAAGAUUCUUGCUUUGAACUGUUUGAUCAGUGCAUACAGUUUGAGUGUCAUCUACCUUGACGGUAUCAAGUUCGGCGACGGGCAGGUUACCAUCAGUGGUAUGCUUAUGAGUGUUUGUUUCCUCUCCAUCUCCCGUGCCAAGUCAGUGGAGGGCCUCUCCAAGGAGCGCCCUCAGCCCAACAUCUUCAACGUUUACAUCAUUGGAUCUGUUCUUGGACAGUUCGCCAUCCACAUUGUGACUCUGAUCUACCUGUCUAAUUAUGUUUAUAAGCACGAGCCAAGAGAUAGCGAUAUCGAUCUCGAGGGCGAGUUCGAGCCGUCCCUCCUAAACAGCGCCAUCUACCUCCUCCAGCUGAUCCAGCAAAUCUCCACCUUCUCGAUCAACUACCAAGGCCGUCCCUUCCGUGAGUCCAUCCGCGAGAACAAGGCCAUGUACUGGGGUCUCGUCGCCGCCUCCGGUGUCGCAUUCUCUUGCGCCACCGAGUUCAUCCCUGAGUUGAACGAGAAGCUGCGCCUUGUGCCCUUCACCAACGAGUUCAAGAUGACCUUGACUGUGCUGAUGAUCUUCGACUACGGUGGCUGCUGGGUGAUUGAGAAUGUUCUCAAGCACCUGUUCAGUGACUUCCGCCCCAAGGAUAUCGCUGUUCGUCGCCCCGACCAGCUCAAGCGCGAGUCGGAGCGUAAGUUGCAAGAGCAGAUUGAGGCUGAGGCUCAGAAGGAGCAGCAGCGUAAGAUUUAA